GUCGAGGCUGCUAUCAUACUAUCCCUGCGUCGACUGUCAAGCAACCACACAAGCUGACGGCACCUGUCUGGUGCAACUCCCUGGAUUUCUUGUGGUUCCCGUUUCUUUCCAGGGGCCGGCUUGGCUUUUUGCACCUCUGAUGCAAAUAUCUGUGACCGCCCAAAGGCCUUGGCUUACCGCUCGGGAUUCACUUCCGACCCGUCCGUUGCCGUGGGAACCUGACGAGGGACCUGUUGGGUUUCAUUCUAGCGGACCGGAGGGUACCAGGCUACUGCGAAGGGUUUGGCUGGCACUACGUCAGCCAUAUGCUCUGGGUACACUGCUCUGUGAGGGUCGGCUCGUUUUCUCCAAGCUGCCACUCCCACCAAUAUCUGCUUAUCUUAUUUGACAAAAAGCCCAUGGCAAGCACCUUGCCCCCUGCGCUGGCCACCUUGGCGAUCAUCCUGGCGCUCGCUUGGCUGCUCGCGCGCCACCUUCGCCGCAAGAAGAAGCUGCCGGAAGUGAAGCUCUCACAGCUGGCGCCAACACCCCUGAGACUGCAGCCGCAGUUCUACUUUGACUUCGCAGCGCAUCCUUUCGCCCAUGCCGACUUAGUGAUGGCAUACAACGUGGUGGAGGUCCUGGACAAGUUGCAGGAGUACAUCCAGACCAAGCUCUCAUCCAGCAGCUCUGGCCAGCGCCUCCAAGUUGCUGGCCUCAAGUGCGUGCCGCCGUUGCCGCAGCUGGCGGUGCUCAUGGAGGAAUGCCAUCUGCACCCGGAGGUGGUCCUUCACUCCGAACAACCUCAGGCAUCAGAACCGGACGCGUCCGUGUCCGCUAAACUCAUCCUUGGGAAGGGCGUGCUGGUGGCGGGCACGCUGGACUUACGGAAGGGCCCCGUGAAGCUUGGCGCCGGCAGCGUUCUAGAGCCCGGCGCUUUCCUGGCGGGCCCCGCCAUCAUCGGCAAAGACACCUGCAUCCGAAGCGGCGCGUACAUCCGCGGCAACGUGUUGGUGGGCGAUCGCGUGGUGCUCAGGGGGGAGGUGAAGAAUGCCAUCAUCAUGGACGAGGCAGAGUUAUGUCACCCCGGCUACGCGGGUGACUCCAUCAUUGGCUACAAGGCCCACUUCGGAUGUCAAGCGCUGACGGCCAAUUUGGGGCUCUUCGGGUCUGACCUGCGGGUGGCCCUGGAGGGCGUGCGCGUGAACCUGCAACGCCGCAAGAUGGGCGUCAUCUUGGGCGACUUCAGCCAGCUGGGCUGCUCGACCGUCACCGACCCCGCCACCUUCAUGGCCAGAAAUACCCACACCUACCCGCUGUGCCGGAUCAGCUCUGGCUUUUAUGGCCCGGAUGAGAUCAUCAAGAACAAGCCAGAGGA